GAGAGAGAGAGAGAGGGAAAACCAAAGAUGAAUGCGGAAGCUGCUGAUGCUGUGUAUCACUUCCUGGCUUCUAACGACCCACUGGCUCCUGCUGUAAGAGAAGCAGUCCAAGUGAUCGAGAACGCUAUCGACGAAUUUGGAAUUGAACAUUUGGCGAUUAGUUUCAAUGGAGGGAAGGACUGUGCGUGGUUAUACGUUUAUCUUGCUGUAUCCUAUCUUUGGGUUUGAAAAAGUUGCACUAACGCAAUACACCUCCUUCCUUCAUUCUCGUCUUCGUGGCCGCCGCCUUGCUUCCUUGCCACCUCGUUCCGGACCGAUAUCUGUUACCUCAUUUAUCGAUCCAGGCACCGUCCUUCUGCAUCUUUACGCCGCUGUGCUCCUCCGUCGUGGACUUUACCAUCAUCGGAAGUACUCUAACCAGUUAUCAAAUUCAUGCAACACCACCGCGGCUGCUCUCGCCACUAACCACAGCAUCCCCAACGGUUUAGCCACAUCUUCUUCCUCACCUUCCUCAUCCACCACUUCCCUUGG